AUGGCGACCGUUGUUGUCCAGCAACAAUCGGUUCGACACUCCUCCACUCCCCCUCCCGUAUCCCCGGCAUUGAGUCUGAAUGCUCGCUCUCAGACUCCAACCCCGAUCCCCAAUAAGCAUCUCCCUGCCUGUCCUUCAGGCUCAGCCUCGCAACGAGAAUCCUCGGCAAAAGCCUCCCGCAACUCGCUAUCAUCGUUACUAUAUCCACCGGAGCGCUUCACCAAGUUAUCCAAGUCUCCCCCGGUAUAUGAGAUUGAUGCCGCCACACUUUCUGCUGCUCUCGAUCAUUUGGCGACGCAGCCGUUGCCGGAGCCCAACCAAGUCUUCCCCUGGCUUCAUGGGCUCCAUCCCGAAAAUGCCAUGCAGCUGGCUUUCUUCGUCAAUCGAAAACGGUCUCUGCGACGGACUCCAAAGUGCUUGCGAGCCAUCACCAUUAUCAGCCUCAACGGUGACUUGACGAGAUCACGCCUCAAGGGCGCCGUUUUACUAGACGAGGUGCUGGCGCCUUCGGGCUCUACAUUCGUCGAAGCCGAUCCUCCCGAUGGAUUUUCAGUUCGCAAUUUCCAGAUUCAGACCGCGAAGCUGGCUCCCCUGUCCGAUAUUGUUGUCUACGGAGACGGUGUUGACAAGUCCCAGCUGCUGCUCGCAGCGGAGAAGUUGGCUAGAGCACAGGCAAACUGGAGGAAAGUGCAUGAACCAGCUCAAGAGACUCCUCUGUUUAAUACCUUUGUGCUCUCAAGCUCCUUUCAAGAUAUCGAGAAAGAAUAUCCUCACCUUGUAUCUGUGGAUUCUGAGGGACGGGUCACGGGCAAUGUGAUGGAUUUCUUCCAAUGGGAACGGAUUGAAAUGUGUAACAUGUCGAAAGCAUCGGAAAUCUCAAACAACGUGUGGCUGGGCCCGAGUCCGGACGUCCUUCUGACGCCAGGAGAGAGUGAACAGAUCGAGGCCGAAGAUUUUGACGUAUUGAUCGAAGCCAGUGAUCUGGCCAGUAUUCCUGGCCCUCGGGUCUUGGAUCAGAUCAACCAGCAGCUUGAGAGUAACCCCCAUCAGCGGCUGAUGAUACAAUUUCCGUCUUCGGGAAGUAUCGUACUACCGUCUGACCGGAGUCGAGAUGUGGAUGAUUUUGUCAAUACGGUCCGCUGGAUAUACUAUCUUGCGAAUCCUGAAGAGGUCGAUUCGGAUGUGGAUGCCGACGGCGACACUCCGAUGGUGUCGCAGAAACCCCCUCGUAAGAUUCUGAUUCACUGUGCUGAUGGUUAUACGGAGAGUUCACUUUUGGCGGUCGCAUAUUUUGUCUUUGCCGAGGGAGUUCCUGUCCACGAAGCCUGGCUCAGGCUUCACUGUGAGAAAGGGCGCAACUUCUUCGCUUAUCCUUCAGAUGUUACCUUCUUGCGGACCAUUCAGGACCGAUUACUCCAUGCGAGUCCGGCUGCACAGGGUCUGAAUCUGUCUCGCAUAUCCGAGCCAGCUUGGAUCGACAGGAUGGACGGGUCUCUCCCCAGUCGGAUCCUGCCCUACAUGUACCUGGGCAAUCUGGCGCACGCCAACAACCCGGAGCUCUUGUGGGCUCUGGGCAUCAGGCGAAUCCUCAGCAUUGGAGAGCCGGUGUCGUGGACAGACGCUGAAGUCAAGAAAUGGGGAGAGGAGAAUUUGAUGUUCAUCGACCAAGUUCAGGAUAACGGGAUAGAUCCUUUGACACAGGAGUUUGAUAGAUGUUUGGGAUUCAUUGAGAAAGGAAAAACGGAUGGAUUGGCAACUUUAGUACACUGUCGAGUUGGCGUUUCGAGGUCGGCAACCAUAUGUAUUGCGGAAGUUAUGGCAUCUCUGGGACUUUCAUUUCCAAGAGCAUAUUGUUUUGUUCGCGCUAGACGGCUCAAUGUGAUUAUUCAGCCACAUCUUCGCUUUGUGUAUGAACUUCUAAAAUGGGAAGAACUGCAGUUGGAAAAACGGAAGCAGCCACUGAGACGAGAGCUCGAAUGGGCUACCAUCGCGCGGGAAAUCGCCUUGAUGAACAGGCCGUAUUCGAGGCAGUAG